CAGCUUAACAAAGUCUCACUCUUUUAGCAAGAAGUCUUGCGGCGCGUCAUUAUGUGAUCUUGUUCAGCCAGCUCCUAUCAGUAGUGGAAGCUGCUAGUCGCUCUUGCCUGCUUGAGUCCACCACGGUUUGUGCUCCCGCCAAAAGAUAAAAACUUUCCUCCUGCUUCUUCAUCAUACUCCACCACCUCCAUUACAGCAUUUCAUAUCAUCAUCGUUAUGGAAUUCGAUCCUCUCGCUCGGGAGUUCACUCCAGAUCAUAUUGCAGAUUUUCUGCGGCAUGGCCUGCCAGAUUCCGAGUCCAGACCGAUGUCCCCAAACCACCUCGCCUUUCACGAACGAGUUGGGGACACAGGUGUAGAUACCCAAUCUCUAUACCAAGACGCGAUGAAAUAUCAACCUCGUCAUACUGAGGCUUGCGAAGCACAAUACGAAACCCUGCCGGCAACUACUGGAAACCAUCGCCAUCAUCAUCGCCAUGGCGCUGUAUCAAUUCCGUUGGAAGAUUUUGACUACGAGAAGCACCAACAUUCGAGUUGGGAGUCUGCGGAGCGAUGCCGCAAACGUCGUAAGGAACAGCAGCGUCUGGCAGUAGAGCGCGAAAUAGCACUCCAGAAAGCAUGCCAUGAGGCCACUGAGACCGAGCAAUAUCGACCAGAAAUGAGUGGACAAUCUGCAACAGAUCAUAUUGCGGAUCAUCACAGCGGAACGACUUCUUCCACGAUAGACACGCACUGCUUCUACAGGAAGGCCCAAAAAGAGUUUUGUGCGGCUGCGUGGAAGGACAAAAAUCCAUCCAAUUCUGGACCUUGUUCUUAUGUGGUAUUCCAACAUGCGGAGGAUACUUCCACAAUCACAUCUAGCAGUGGAUCAGCGUAUGGAACACAGCUCAUCGACCUUGUUGCGAAACCUCGACCAGCUAGAUAUCACUGUGAACUUCGGAUCAUAAUGUCCCCUGAGACUCGUGACGAGCCCUAUGAACGACAUUACCUAAAGUCCAUCUCUUCAACCCCCUUUCCUUUCGAUCCUGCCACCUGCGAGGCGUUCUUCAAGCUUUGCGACUUUCACAAAGCUUUCUUCGAAAUGUCAAAUUCAGGACACUCCCAUGUCAUACAGAAUGCGCGGGUAAAUACCUAUAAGCAUGGAGGCACGCAUUCCUUUUUUGUUGGACUUGGUGAUACUGGCAGGUGCAAUAUGAAGGUUUUCGUAUCACAUAAGGAAUGCGACCGAGUUACGACAGUUUUUAUUCACGACUGUUCUGCGUCCGAAAAACGACAUCUGCAAGAUCGAUUCAUGGACAAAGCAUUGCAGCCCUUGACCUUGCACCCUAUUUUCAUUCUUGUUCUCAUCGCAGAACGCCUACAGGAGAGCCUAUGGCGGGAUGUCAAAAAUGUCUACCACGACGCUAAAAAUCAAUUAGAACAAGUUCCCACUUGGGGCCUUGAGCAGCAAGACCUUCAUAAGUCUAUAGAUGCCAUGGCGCAGUCCAACCUAUCGCUCCAAAUCAGCCAAACUGUGCACGCCAACCAGUGGAGGAUGGGUCAACUGCGGGAUUUUAUUGGAAACAUGAAGGCGUGGUCCAGAGAAAUAGAGGACAAAGAUCCCAAGCGCGAAUCAUCUUUCAGAACGGCAUGCAAAGUACUAGAUGACCGCCUCAUGUAUCUCGAAGGCUCACUCGAUGAAGCGCACAUGCAGUUGACAGCGACUCUUCACUAUGUUUCCAUAUACCGACAUUGGGUAAGGUUCAAUGUCUCUUUGUAAAUGUGCGAGACUGAUUGAAUACAGCUCGAUGUUCACAUUGCG